GCCGACGCUCAACGUCCUCCGUAUUUACUACCUACGAAAGCAGGCCCUUCGCACUUGUCCACGCCGUGGAUAGUCCCCUGUUAUAUAGAUCCAACCCAUUACAAUCCAGCAGCGCGACCUUGCGCAUACUGCGCCCCACACCAUGUCUUCCUCUUCCCAGGUCGCUGAAUCCUGGAUAUCAUCCUUCUGCGGCUUACUCGGCCAUGAAUACUUUGCAGAAGUGAGUGAAGACUUUAUCGAGGACGACUUCAACCUCACUGGCCUACAAUCACAAGUGCCUAUGUACAAAGAAGCUCUAGAGAUGAUUCUGGAUGUGGAGCCGGAAGACGACGAUGAUGAAGAUGACGAAGAGGACGAGGAAGAUGAGGACGAAGACAUCUUAGGCGACGACAAGCCUACCGGCUACCGGCGAGCCAGCGACCGGAGACACCUGCGAAUGGCAUCCGACCUUAGCGUCAUCGAGAGCUCCGCCGAGUUAUUAUAUGGCCUGAUACACCAGCGCUACAUCACCUCGCGCCCGGGGAUCCAACAAAUGGCAGAGAAGUACGAGCUGCAGCACUUCGGCACAUGCCCUCGCGUGUUCUGCAACUUGUGCAAAGUGCUCCCCGUUGGCUGCAGUGACACGCCCGGCUCGGAAACCGUCAAGCUCUUCUGCCCUAGCUGCCUCGAUGUCUACACGCCCCCGAACUCCCGCUUUCAGACCGUCGACGGCGCUUUCUUUGGUACGACCUUCGGCUGCCUCUUCUUCAUGACAUUUCCCGAACUCGAAAUCGGCACAGUACGGCAAUCGGCCGCUGGCGCCGCAGAUGCCCUCCUAGCGAUACAGGCUGCCCAGAAGGCGUCUGGCCAAGCCGGCACUGCUCUCAAUCCUCUACCCCUCACUAUCAACGGCAUCAGCCCGUCAAACCUGGCGCCAGGUCUAGGGCCGGGAAACAUCUAUGAGCCACGCAUUUACGGCUUCCGUGUCUCAGAGAGAGCUAAGAGUGGCCCGCGAAUGAAGUGGUUACGGAUGCGGCCGGUGGAUAUCACAGAUCUAGACGAGACGCGGAGAUUCUGGGACGGCAGAGAAGGAGGAGGCAGCGAGAUGGGGGAUGAGGACUCGAACAUGGCGGACGCGGUACCAGGGCAGGCGGUAGAUCGGAGGAAAAAGCUUGUUGGACGGCGGCGGAGAACUAACGGGAGCGGUGGGACUGGGGCGGUUGGAGGUGCAGUUGGUGAAGGCGGGAGUCCGAUGGACACGAAUGGGGUGGGGAUUGUGGGAGCAUAGCGAACAUAGCGAGCGUAUAGCGAGAAAGGUAAGGGUUGUGUUCAUGGCGAAGAGGCACGGAUUUUGGAUGUUCGAAAGGCGUGCCA